CUGGCUGCACUUGGUAUCUCGUAUUGGCGCCAAAUUGCUAAAAUAAGAAACGAUUGUGGCGCUGUUAUUAACUCGGCAAUAACCGCGUAACCGCGGAUUUUACUUGGCUGAGUGUUUAUUUUGAAAUAUCCAAGACAAAUUUAAAAAAAAAAAACACAAAUCGCACUACAUUGAACGACAUUUUGCUUACCAAAAUUUUACACUCGGUCUCGAAUUGCAAAGUAUUGCUCAAACAGUAGUUAUGUUAAGGGAAGUGGUUCAUAAAAAAGCUAAAGUUGUGUAAAGUACAACCUCAAUUGUCUGCUCCCAAAAAAAAAACAAAAAAGAACGACAGUCAACUGAGCUGCAAGUUCCCUCUUGGCUAAAGCAACGUCGUCUCGCGUUAACAAGCCAGCAAUCGAGCAUUUGAUAUAGAACACCAUCGCCCAGCUCAGCAGAAUUUUCGACAGACACUUGCAAUCGCAUGUCAACUGCAACUCUUCCAUUAACAAAUCGAAGCAAACCACCAAACUCGUAUGCACUCACGUCGUGGCGAAAACAGCGGUCAAUUGCAUUUAGUUGCAAACUAUCUACCAGUGCUGGCAGCCGAAGCACACCACAACCGUAAAUCGAUUACACCGCGUGAAACAACGGUCUAUAAAAAUGUCACAAAGGGAAACAAAAAGUGCAUAUGCAUAUACCACUAUAAUUAUCUGGUUGAUCGGUGUUAUGAUAGCAACACUGCACACCAGCCUCGCGUGGCACUUAGCACAGACCGGCCUCACCGAAUCCUAUCGCGUGCGCCACCUAUCGCUUUAUUACUCACGUGUCUUCCUCUGUAUUAGCGUGGAGAGUGAACUCUUUCCCACGUUGAUCGCCACCAAAUGGCCGGAAAAUUUCGUACCCCUGCAAAGCGCGAUAUAUCCGCAUAGAUUCGCACACGCUAAUGGCAAUCGAAGUGACUGUGAAUUGAUACAGAAGGCUAUAUGGACCCAGGUGGACAAUUUGGGACGUUUGUGGGUGUUCGAUGCGGGGUGGGAGCCAACGCCGUCGGCGUCAGAUAAGAAGGUGGAGAAAACGACGAAAAUGUGUUCGCCAAAAUUGCUGGUUUAUGACUUAAUACGCAACGAUGCCGAGGUAUUGCGCAUCGACUGUAACCGCUAUCUAACACCACGUGAUAGUGAGAAAUUAAUCAUCAAAUUGGGUCCCAGUCCAGCGCUGUGUAAAGUGGAAAAGUAUAUUUACUUCCUACGUCCCGAUGACGCACACAUACUCGCCUACGAUAUAGUGGAACAGAAGUGGCAUCGUCGUGCGCUGCUCAGUCGCAAAUUCCAAGGCAUUAUUGAGGCACCGUUUCCAAUCAAACCAAUUGACAUCGCUUUCGGCCAGCAGCGUGAACUACUCUUUGCCGAUGCGGAUGGCAAGCUGUAUGCGACGCCGAACUCACAAUUAAAGACAAAAACAAAGGAAGUCAAUGAAAUCGCCAAUGACUUGAAUGCGAAGAAAUUGCAACAGACGGAGGUGACGAAGAACGACGUGUCGAACUCAAUUGAAUUGGAGUUGUUGGGCAGUUUGCUGGGCCCCAGCAAGGGUAUGAUGGUGGAUGAGCGCACCGGUGCGCUUUACUAUGCCGUACCGAAAUACGGUGCAAUCGUGCGUUGUGCAUUACAACGCAAUUUAACGGCGGAAGACAACGAGAUAGUUUACUUUACAUCGAAGAAUAUACAACAAAUAUUCUUCGGCGUGGGCGGUGCCGUGUGGUUGUUGACUGACCGGCUGCUGGAGCCGAAUGAUCAUUGUUUUUCGAAUAUUUAAUGAUAGCUACGAGUUGUUGGCUGCCACUUGUGGGAGCGAGCUCAUAUACAAAUAUGAUAUAGGAAAAAUAUAUAGACAUACAUCAAAUAAGGGAAAAAAUAAUGAAGGACAAAAAAUAAAGACAAAUAAAUAAAUUAAAAAAUAAAAUAUAAAAAAACAAAAACAAUAAAUAAAAAAAAA